UUCAGGCAGUGAGGUGGAAUGGCAGAGCUUGAAGAAUGUCUUCCAAGCAAGCCACCUCUCCAUUUGCCUGUGCAGCUGAUGGGGAGGAAACAAUGACCCAGGAUUUGACCUCAAGGGAAAAAGAAGAAGGCAGUGAUCAACAUGUGGCCUCCCAUCUGCCUCUGCACCCCAUAAUGCACAACAAACCUCACUCUGAGGAGCUCUCAACACUUGUCAAUACCGUUCAACAAGAUGCUGACUGGGACAGUGUUCUGUCAUCUCAGCAAAGAAUGGAGUCAGAGAAUAAUAAGUUAUGUUCCCUAUAUUCCUUCCGAAAUACCUCUACCUCACCACAGAAGCCUGACGAAGGGAGUCGGGACCGCGAUAUAAUGACCAGUGUUACUUUUGGAACCCCUGAACGCCGCAAAGGGAGCCUUGCCGAUGUGGUGGACACACUGAAACAGAAGAAGCUUGAGGAAAUGACUCGGACAGAACAAGAGGAUUCCUCCUGCAUGGAAAAACUACUUUCAAAAGAUUGGAAGGAAAAAAUGGAAAGAUUAAAUACCAGUGAACUUCUUGGAGACAUUAAAGGUACACCUGAGAGCCUGGCAGAAAAAGAGCGGCAGCUCUCCACCAUGAUUACCCAGCUGAUCAGUUUACGGGAGCAGCUCCUGGCAGCCCAUGAUGAGCAGAAAAAACUGGCAGCCUCACAAAUUGAGAAACAACGGCAGCAAAUGGACCUUGCUCGCCAACAGCAAGAACAGAUUGCAAGACAACAGCAGCAACUUCUGCAACAGCAGCACAAAAUUAAUCUCCUACAGCAACAGAUCCAGGUUCAGGGUCACAUGCCUCCGCUCAUGAUCCCAAUUUUUCCACAUGACCAGCGGACCUUGGCAGCAGCUGCUGCCGCCCAACAGGGAUUCCUCUUCCCCCCUGGAAUAACAUACAAACCAGGUGAUAACUACCCCGUACAGUUCAUUCCAUCAACAAUGGCAGCUGCUGCUGCUUCUGGACUCAGCCCUUUACAGCUCCAGAAGGGUCAUGUUUCUCACCCACAAAUUAACCCAAGGCUCAAGGGCCUAAGUGACCGUUUUGGCAGGAAUUUGGACACCUUUGAACAUGGUGGUGGCCACUCUUACAACCACAAACAGAUUGAGCAACUCUACGCAGCUCAGCUGGCCAGCAUGCAGGUGUCACCUGGAGCAAAGAUGCCAUCAACUCCACAGCCACCAAACACAGCAGGGGCAGUCUCACCUACUGGGAUAAAAAAUGAAAAGAGAGGGACCAGCCCUGUAACUCAAGUUAAGGAUGAGGCAGCAGCACAGCCUCUGAAUCUCUCAUCCCGACCUAAGACAGCAGAGCCUGUGAAAUCCCCAACAUCUCCCACCCAGAACCUCUUCCCAGCCAGCAAAACCAGCCCUGUCAAUCUGCCAAACAAAAGCAGCAUCCCCAGCCCCAUUGGAGGAAGCCUGGGAAGAGGAUCCUCUUUAGAUAUCCUGUCCAGUCUCAAUUCUCCUGCCCUCUUUGGGGAUCAGGAUACAGUGAUGAAAGCCAUCCAGGAAGCCCGGAAGAUGCGAGAGCAGAUCCAGCGGGAGCAACAGCAGCAACAGCCACAUGGUGUUGAUGGAAAACUCUCCUCCAUGAAUAAUGUGGGACUGAACAACUGCAGGAAUGAAAAGGAAAGAACACGCUUUGAGAAUUUGGGGCCUCAGUUAACAGGAAAGUCAAGCGAAGAUGGAAAGCUGGGCCCAGGAGUCAUCGACCUUACUCGGCCAGAAGAUGCAGAGGGAAGUAAAGCAAUGAAUGGCUCUGCAGCUAAACUACAGCAGUAUUAUUGUUGGCCAACAGGAGGUGCCACUGUGGCUGAAGCACGAGUCUACAGGGAUGCCCGAGGCCGAGCCAGCAGCGAGCCACACAUCAAGCGACCAAUGAAUGCUUUUAUGGUUUGGGCGAAGGAUGAGAGGAGGAAAAUCCUUCAAGCCUUCCCUGACAUGCACAACUCCAACAUUAGCAAAAUCUUAGGCUCUCGCUGGAAAUCCAUGUCCAACCAGGAGAAACAACCUUAUUAUGAAGAGCAGGCCCGGCUUAGCAAGAUCCACUUAGAGAAGUACCCAAACUAUAAAUACAAACCCCGACCGAAACGCACCUGCAUUGUCGAUGGCAAAAAGCUCCGAAUCGGAGAGUAUAAGCAACUGAUGCGGUCUCGACGACAGGAGAUGAGGCAGUUCUUCACUGUGGGGCAACAGCCUCAGAUUCCAAUCACCACAGGAACAGGUGUUGUGUAUCCUGGUGCUAUUACUAUGGCCACGACCACACCGUCACCUCAGAUGACAUCUGACUGCUCUAGCACCUCGGCCAGCCCAGAGCCCAGUCUCCCUGUCAUCCAGAGCGCGUAUGCUAUGAAGACAGACGGAGGAAGCUUAGCUGGGAAUGAAAUGAUGAACGGAGAGGAUGAGAUGGAAAUGUAUGAUGACUAUGAAGACGAUCCCAAAUCAGACUAUAGCAGUGAAAACGAAGCCCCGGAGGCUGUCAGUGCCAACUGAGGAGUUGUUGUUUGCUGAAUUAAAAAAAAAUACUCUGACAUUUCACCCCCCUUCCCCCUACAAAAAAGUUCUUAAAGAGCCCGCAUGCAUUUGUGGCUCCACAAUUACAUCAGCAGAAUGGUCUUAAUUGUUUCGUAAAGUGUGAGACAGAUUAAGUUUUCCCUGAUUUUUCAUGAACUUGAGUUUUUUGUCGUUAUUGUUAUUGUUGUUGUUGUUGUUUUUUAAUUUAGGUGAAGACAUAUUAAAUAUGAGACACCAGGACUUGAAAACUUAUCUCAACCCAUAGCUGUCUUACAAGUCUUAUAUUUUUGUCUUACAUUUUUUUUUCCCUUUGGAUGUUGAUAAAGGUUUAAGUUACUGUUUUAGAUGGGGUUAAACAUUCUCACUCAGGUAUGCUGUGCCGGCCUACAGGUUGUGAAUGUGUUUUUAUUCUGAAUUACUUUAGAAAACAACAAGAUUUUGUAUUGUGAAACAGGACGAGCCCACAGCGCGUGCAGCUGCAUAUAGAGCAUAUUCAAAAGGCCUCGGAAUUCCUUUUUUUUUUUUCCACAUGUAGAGUUAAACCUUGAAUGUGCCAAACUUUUUCAUAACUUUUGAAUCUUAAUAUUUUAAAAGUCUUAAACGAGACACUGCAAAGUCUUAGACAA